AUGGCUGGAGGACGUCUUCAAGGCAAGAAUGCCAUUAUCACCGGGGCUGCAGGUGGAAUUGGCCUCGAAACAACCAUCCUCUUCGCGCGAGAGGGCGCCUCCGUCCUCAUGGCAGAUAUCUCUGAGCCAGCCCUUAAAACCGCCCUUGAGAAAGUAAAGAAGGCCAUUCCAGAGGGCGCCAGAGUUGAGACAAUGAAAUGCGAUGUUUCCAAAGAAGCAGAUGUCAAGGCCAUGGUAGACUCCUUGGACGCCUGGGGUGGCAUGGAUAUCAUCUUUAACAACGCCGGUAUCAUGCAUGCAGACGAUGCAGAUGCCAUCGAUACUCCUGAGAAGAUCUGGGAUUUGACGCAAAACAUCAACGUUAAGGGAGUGUGGUUCGGAUGCAAGCAUGCCGUUGCCAGUCUUCGCAAGAACAAGAAGACCAAGGGAAGCAUCAUUAACACUGCUAGUGUUGUUGCUCUCGUCGGCAGUGCUACUCCUCAGCUUGCAUAUACCGCUAGCAAGGGAGCUGUGCUUGCUAUGACCAGAGAGUUGGCCAUCGUCCAUGCCCGCGAGGGAUUCCGAUUCAACUCUCUUUGCCCCGCUCCUUUGAACACCCCUCUUCUCCAGGAUUGGCUAGGUGAUGAUGCUCCAAAGCGCCUUAGACGUGAGAUUCAUUUCCCAACUGGUCGAUUCGGAGAAGCCGUUGAGCAGGCACAGGCCGUUUUGUUCUUGGCUAGUGACGAGAGUGGCUUUGUCAACGGCACUGAUUUCGUUGUUGAUGGCGGCAUGACUAGGGCAUAUGUUACCCCUGAGGGUCCAGCAACUGAAGCUCCCAAGAGCCUUGCUGCUUGA